AGGCAUAGGCCCUAUGAACUGUAUAUCUUUAAUCCCUGUCCGAAUACGGCACAGAAUAACAAUCCUUUGCUUCAAGUGAAGGCCUACCUAUACUAUGCCUUCAAUGAAAUUUCUGUUCCGAUAUUCACGUGGUGGCCUGUAUUUGAUAUGGAUUAUCCCUUGGCUCUUCUGGCUGAGUGUGAUACACCAACAAAAUCCGCAGCAGAACCAAGAGGAGGUCAUGUUUGCUGGGGGAUUACGUAAUCACAGAUGGAAGGACGAGGAAAAAGGAUAUUUAGAUAUACCAACUAUUUACGUGAUCACCCCAACCUAUAAAAGGGCACAUCAAAAAGCCGAGCUCACUCGGUUAGCACAGACCUUACUUCAUAUCAGAAAGCUUCAUUGGAUUAUUGUCGAAGACUCGAAAUGGAAGACGCAGCUGGUCUCGAGAUUCCUGAUGAUUUCUGGCCUCUCGUACAUGCAUCUACACAUUUCUACCCCGCGAAAGUUCAGGCGAAAAAAAAAUUUGUGGCAAACGCCACGUGGUACUGAACAGAGGAACCUGGGGAUUCAAUGGCUCCGGAAGAAUCUGCAAGCAGACGAUAGAGGGGUUGUUUACUUUGCAGAUGAUGACAAUACGUACGAUAUACGUCUCUUUGACGAGAUGAGAGACACCAAUGGUGUUUCAUGCUGGCCAGCAGGCCUUCAUGGUAAAAUUCUGUAUGGAGGACCUAUCUGUAGAGAUGGCAAAGUAAUCGAUUUCCGAGCUCAUUGGAGAAGAGAUCGUCCAUUUCCAAUGGAUAUGUGCUCCUUUGCUGUGAACGUCAAGUUGCUGUUGGAGAGCCCGGAAGCUAAAUUCGAUAUCGAAGCCGAGGGAGGAUUUCAAGAAUCAUCUUUAUUGACCAAGAUCACCACCGUUGAUAAACUGGAACCCAGAGCUGCAAAUUGUACUAAGAUACUAGUGUGGCAUACAAGAACUGAGUCACCAAGUCUAAAGGAUGAGGAAAAGCUGCAGGAAGAGUUGAAACUAAAAUAUAACAACACUUUGAAAAUCCCAGAGGUAUGACGAUUGCAUUUAGAGCCAGAUGGACAAUAGACUACAUGGGCAAUAUACUGAUCGUUUCAAGUAUUCUGUCGAGAGGUGCGGCGAAUUAAACUGUCAUCAUCGUCAUUAAAAAAAAAAUCCGUUCAAACUCUUAUGCCACAGAUUAUCAUUGCGGAGUGUUUUGAGACAAAACCUAAGAUUUUAUUAGUUUCAAGCCAUUACGGCUUAAAAACAUAAAAACGUAAUCGCAUUGUGUACCAUAAUUGAACGUGCAUAAAUAAAUGUCA